AUGAAUUGCAAACUAAUUCUCAUAUUCCUGCUCUCGAUAUUCAUUCUCCCCAUGUCUUCUUCAGCAAAAUCCACAACAUCAUACAUCUUAAGCGUUGACACCGGAGAUAAUGCAAACACACAAUCCACCACAAAUUUGGUCAGCGAAGUUAAAAGCCUUGUAAGUAAGUUCCAAGGCAAAAUAACGCAUGACUACAAACUAAUUAACGGAUUUAGUUUUGAGAUAUACGAUAAGUACGUUCCCACUCUCAAAACAGAGAUAAAUGCCAUCAGCGACAAAUUUGGUAUGGGGAUCAAUUUGGAAGAAGAUAAGGAAGUGCACGCUUUUAACAAUCUAGGCAAACAUUGA